AUGGUAAAUGGAACAGCUCUGACCGAGUUCAUCAUCUUGGGUUUCUCCAGUCUCCAGGAGCUGCAGCUCCUGCUCUUCUCUAUCUUUCUCAUCACAUACAUCUGCACCUUGGUGGGGAACAUCUCCAUCAUUACCAUUGCUUGUCUGGACCCUCAGCUUCACACCCCUAUGUACUUCUUUCUUGGAAACCUCUCAUUUCUGGAUAUCUGUUAUACCACUACCAAUGUCCCUCAGAUGCUGGUGCAUCUCCUGGCAGAGAGGAAGAGCAUCACAUAUGCUGGUUGUGUAAUUCAGCUCUAUUUCUUUCUCUCCUUUGUGGGCACGGAGUGUAUACUGCUGGCUGCAAUGGCCUAUGACCGCUUUGUGGCUAUCUGCCACCCUUUGCAUUAUACAACCAUCAUGAGGAAAGCACUUUGUCUCCAGUUAGCUGGAGGCUGCUGGGCAAGUGGUUUCCUCAACUCCGUAGUUCACACCUAUUUCACCUUCCGACUGCCUUUCUGUGGAGCAAAUCAGCUCAAUUAUUUCUUUUGUGAUAUCCCUCCCCUCUUGAAGCUUUCCUGUGGAGACACCUCCCUCAAUGAGAUCAUUUUACUUGCUGUUGGGGUCUUUAUAGGAUGGACCCCAUUCAUCUGCAUAGUUCUCUCUUAUGUUUACAUCAUUUCUACUAUCCUGAAGAUACGUUCUACUCAAGGGAGACUCAAAGCAUUCUCCACUUGUGCGUCACACCUGACCAUUGUUCUCCUGUAUUAUGGUAGCUCCAUCUUCACCUAUGUCCGGCCCAUCUCCACCUACUCAUUAGACAAAGACAGACUCAUUUCUGUCCUUUACAGCAUUGUCACACCCAUGUUAAACCCUUUGAUCUACAGCUUGAGAAACAAGGAUAUUAAGGGUUCUUUGAAAAAAAUAUUUAUGGGGAAGCUAUAUUCAAAAUGA